AUGGCAAAUUCUUCCUUCUUCACAUUCCUUCUCCUUUUGCUUCUUUACACCAUUGUAGCCUCAGCCAACAAUCCUAAUGAUGAUGAGACAGUCCCAAGUGACAAUGUUUUCACACUCCAAGUUCCAACAUUAGAUGAUAGCAUUUUGGAUAAUCUUCUUUCUUUUGGUUACUAUCUUAAAAGUUGUCCUGAAUUUGAAUCCAUCCUACAUAACAAAGUCAAAGUAUGGAUUCAAAAGGAUCACACUUUGGCAGCUAGUCUUCUCAGGUUGCAAUUUCAUGAUUGCGUUGUUAGGGGUUGUGAUGGGUCCAUUCUAUUGGACCAUGAUGGGAGUGAGAGAAGAGCAGAAGCAAGCAAGAAGCUGAGGGGGUUUGAUGUGAUUAAUGAGAUAAAGGAAGAGUUAGAGAGAAGUUGCCCCAACACAGUGUCUUGUGCUGACAUUCUAAGUGCAGCUGCAAGGGAUGCCACUGUUGAAUUGGGUGGACCCUAUUGGGCAGUUCCUUAUGGUAGAAAAGAUGGCAGAAUCUCCAUUGCUAAAGAAACUCAAAUCAUUCCCAUUGGACGUGAAAAUAUUACUUCUUUGAUUGAGUUCUUUCAAUCCAAGGGCUUGACUCUCCUUGACUUAGUUGUUCUUUCAGGGUCUCAUACAAUUGGAAGAAGUUCAUGUGGAUCCAUUCAAUAUAGGCUAUACAACUACCAAGGGAGUGGAAAACCAGACCCAACAAUAGAUCCAAAGUAUCUGAAUUUCUUGCAAAGAAAGUGUAGGUGGGCCUCAGAGUAUGUGGAUCUUGAUGCCACAACUCCAAAUAACUUUGACAACAAUUACUACAUUAACCUCAGCAAAAGAAUGGGGUUGUUGUACACAGACCAAUUGCUUUAUUCUGAUCCAAGAACUUCACCACUUGUUUCUGCAUUGGCUUCAACACCCUCCAUUUUCCAACAUCAAUUUGCUGUGUCUAUGUCCAAGUUUGGAGUAAUUGAUGUUCUCACUGCUCAGGAUGAAGGAGAAAUCAGGACCAAUUGCAAUUUUGCCAAUGCUUAUUGA